AUGGCCGUGUUGCUGGUUUUCUGGGCCUUUCUGCCCAUACUGGCAACGGCCUUCUCCUGGCGCAGCCUUUGGUAUGAACUGGGCUUUCUCGGGUCCCAUCCGACCCUGAAAUAUGAGUCGUUCGAUCAGGAGUCCCCGGAGGUCAAUGUGAUGCGAUGGGAUCCUCGAUGUGAAGAAGGAUACAUCUUCCUUAGCCCGCGCGGCCAUUCCUACCCCGAGCCGGGGCCGUUGGUCUACGACAACCAGGGCAAUCUGGUCUGGAUCGAACGGGAGUUUGGUCAAGUCAUGGACCUCAAGGUGCAGCACUACAGAGGCGAGGAUUACCUGACGUUUUGGGCGGGCGAGGACGAUGGCACGCGAGGAAUCGGCCAGUACUAUAUGCUGAACUCCUCUUACGACGUCGUCUAUAUUAUAUCCGCCGCCAACGGUCUCACAGGCGAUGUGCACGAAUUCAAGAUCACCGACGAGGACACCGCGCUCAUGACCAUCUACGACAUCUGUGAGGCAGAUCUCACCGCUGUGGACGGUCCGAAAAAUGGCUGGAUCUACGACGGGCUGUUCCAGGAGAUCGACAUCGAGACAGGCGAGCUGAUCUUUGAAUGGCGAGCGAGCAACUAUUACGACAUUGAGGAAUCGUACUACCCACUCGACUUGAAGGGCACUUCGCCGUCGGCACAGGACGCCUACGACUAUUUCCACAUCAACAGCAUCGACAAACAUUCAAACGGAAACUACCUGGUAUCGUCCCGCUACAUGCACACGGUCACUUGCAUCAGUCCGGACGGCGAGAUACUUUGGGUUCUGGGCGGAAAACGCAACACAUUCAAGGAUAUUUCACCUGAUGGGUCGGCGACAGGUAUCACCUGGCAGCAUGAUGCACGCUGGCAGUCAGAUACGGUCAUCAGCUUGCUGGACAACGGGGCGCACGAACACUUGAACACGCGAGACCACUCGCGGGGGUUCAUGAUUGAACUGAACUUCGACGAUUGGACAGCCAACACCCUGCAUGUCUACGAUAGUCCCGGCUACUUCAGCAGCCACUCACAGGGUAACCUGCAGGUGCUCCCCCGGACGGGCCAUGUGUUCAUCGGCUGGGGAAAGCCGUCCGCAUACACCGAGUUCACCGAGGACGGCGAGGUGCUCUGCGACUUCCACUGGGGGCCGCGCAUAUACUUCUGGCUGGGAUGGAUCAAAUCAUACCGGGCGCAGAAGUUCCACUGGGUUGGCCGGCCACGGGUACCGCCAGACGUGGCAGUGGACGAGGACAGUCACACGGCGUUUGUGAGCUGGAACGGGGCGACAGACAUCGCAGGCUGGGUGCUUCAGCGGGCAAGCAAUUCCAGCGCUGUGGAGGCAGAUUUCGAGAGCAUCGAGUACACGCCGAAGGAGGGAUUCGAGACGCAGGUGGACCUGAUAGGCGAGGGGUACUUUCGUCUCGUGGCGGUGGAUCUCGAGGGCAACAAGAUGGGGGUGACGCGAGGGUUUGAGGGGAUCUGGCCAUGGGAUGCGGAAGACGAUGACUCUGGGUCUUCGUUCUUUGUAUUCUCGGAGCGGGCAUUUCAAUGGAUGCUCGUGGGGACGUUCACAGCGGGGGCUGUAGUGGUGGGCGCGUGGCGGGGACGAAAGCGGAUUGAGUCGAUGGUGAGGCGUUGUUUGCGUUUGCAUUGAUACCCAUGUGUUGUUGUUUACCAAGUGAUUUCUUCAAUAUACCAUUUAUUUCUUACCACAAUACCAUC